GGCGUGGUGAAUUAGAGAGGUUCACACAUUUUAUUAAAAAAAUGGAAAAAAAUUGAAAAAUCAUUAAUUAAAACAUAUUAAGCUAUGAAACAUAUGUAAUAUUGUGAAGGAAGCAAUAAAGUGUUGUGUCAAAUAAUCGAAAAUAACAAAAUUAUAGUGAAAAUAGGAGAAAUUUAAGAAAAAUAAUUUCGUUCUAGAAAAAAAUGAAAAUUGAGAAUAAAAGGAUACUUUAAAAGCUUAAUUAUAGUGUUUUGAGAAGUAAUAACAAGAAAGUAAUGGAACGUGCUACUCGUGGACGACCUAAAAGGUCUCGCGGUCGCGGUAAAGGCAAAAGAGGUCGUAAACCUCGACAAGUUUUAUCGGAAGAAGAAGAAAACGAAACAGUACAACAAAAUGAGGAACAAGAUCCAGUGAAAGAAGAAGUAGAUACAGAAAUGGUGAAUAUAAUAGAAACGAAAUCGCCGACAAAUGAAACUGCCGAGGAGAAUUUACCAAUGGAAGCUGCUCAAGAGGAUGACAUAUCUCAAUUGGAACUAGAAUCACCGUCAUUCACAAUGAUGCAAAGAAAUGUCCCACAACAAGUUAUGUUGCGCUUAAACUGGGAUCACAGAGUGAAUUUAAUUAGUGAAAAAGUUUUAAGCCCAAUGAUUUAUGUGUGCGAUCAAUGUGAUAAGCCAAUAUUAAUAUAUGGCCGAAUGAUACCUUGUAAGCAUGUAUUUUGCUUAACAUGUGCUCGGACUGAGUCUAAAGAGUGUCCAAGGUGUAAAGAUAAAGUGUUACGUGUAGAACAGACAGGCUUGGGGACAGUUUUUAUGUGCACACACGGUGGAACGAGAUAUGGACGUGCUGGAUGUAGACGAACUUAUUUAUCACAGCGUGAUUUACAAGCACAUAUUAAUCAUCGACAUAUGCCAGCACCUCUUCAGGCAACUUAGAAAUUUAUAAUAACAUUAUAGGAAUUAAGACGAUUCAAGAGAAAAGAAUUAAACAAAAAAAAAAAAUAAUUAAUUAUUUUAACAAUUUUACGACUGAUAAUGAAAGAAAACCUCAUAAUUCCACAAUAAACUUCAUUUUAGAGAAAUUAUUAAGAUGUGAAAAAAAUUAAAUAAUAAUUAUUUGACUUGAUUUGUGGAUUUGUAAAUGGCAGUUUCAGGAUGACAGGAGAUUAAACAUUAAAAAAAAUCAUCAUUAUUCAUCGACGCACUCACUUUUAACACACAUAACAAAUUGACUGACGAUACGCAAACAAAGUAGUAUGGACAGCAUUAAAACAUAUUGGAAUGAUUUUUAUAUAGCAAUGGA